UCCACGAAGCCACGCCUCCAGUACGCCGAAAUUGAACUGAAAAUCAUGAAAUGUAGACUAUUAUAGCGUGAAGCGCCAGUGCAGUGCAGCUGUGAUUGUAAAGCAUCAUAAACACACGCUCCUGAUCAUCUUCAUCAUCAUCUUCAUCAUCAUGUCUGAGCGCAUCGGUUUCAUCACGCGCGUGCAGAGCUUCAGCGCCUGCCAUCGCUUACACAGCAAAUCAUUAAGUGAUGAGGAGAACAAAAGAAUAUUUGGAAAAUGCAACAAUCCUAAUGGCCAUGGUCAUAACUACACAGUUGAAGUGACAGUUCGUGGAAAGAUUGACAGAAACACAGGAAUGGUAAUGAACCUCACUGAUCUGAAGGAGUAUAUUGAGGAGGCCAUCAUGAAACCUCUUGACCAUAAAAAUCUGGAUCUGGAUGUGCCGUAUUUUGCUGAUGUUGUCAGCACCACAGAAAACCUGUCGGUGUUUAUUUGGGACAGUAUGGUGAAGCUUCUCCCGCCCGGCAGCCUGUAUGAGAUCAAAAUAUAUGAAACGGACAAAAAUAUUGUGGUGUACAGAGGUGAAUAGAGUAUGAGAAGCUUGUGUUCAUGCGGCGACUCUCAGUACAGCAGCGAACAGUGAUUGAUUUCGAGAAAGUAUAUUAGGUGAGAGCGGCACCUGCUGUGUUUCACUACACUAUGGGAUUAAUGUAAGUCACUGGGAAUUUGGCUCAGCUGUCCAGCAUGUGAGACUGAUCCUAUUACACACAGAGAUUACACACACGCACACACAAAAUAUUUUUCCAAAUUAAUUAGCAGCCUUCCCCUCAGCACCCGUCGUCUAUAUGGACCCAUAUUCAUUCUCAAAGUAAGCCUGUUUGAACAGAACUUUAACUAAUAAAUAUUGUAAUCAUAUUUCAUUUCACAUUCACAUUUCAAUGCAUUUUAAUUAUGUAUCCUUUGCUAAUUUUUUCAAUGCAUUAAAAAAAAAACAAGUAUUUCCAAUAGAUGGCGCUACACGUGUGUCAGAUUUCAUUCCAAUAAAGUUUGCCAUCAAAAACCUGUAUAUCAAGAUAUAAAUCUCUGUGUGAUCGAGGAAAAGAUGCUAUACAUUUGGAUGUUUUAUUGUUCUAGAUAUUUGACUCUGCUUCUGUUUUGAAGAUUAAACGCUACACCAGCAGCCGGACUGAUUCAUGUCUAUGUCUUGCGGAAAUGCUUGGCGGAGAAUGCAUCACAAUGACUUGAAAUAAAAAAUGUUAUGUUGUCUGACUGGAUAUAUCAGAAAAGACCCUGGCACGCAUGCAUGUGUGUUUACACGACUACGGCACCUGGCCAGGAUCACCAUUAAUGUGGAGGAAAGUUUGACAUAGAAA